UGUGAUCUUAUUGGAGGUUAUUUUUGUUCUCUGUUUGAAAACUGUAAAUAAAAUCGCUUAAAUGAAUACACUUCUAUCAUACAAAUCUCAGCAGAGGAUUUAACAGUAGUGAUAAGGUUCUAGCAUAAUUUCAGUUCUUAUUUUACACAUUCACAUAUUUUAAACAUUAAUAUGUUGAAUUUUUAACAAAUUAUUGCUGAUAGAGACUCUGUUUUAGAAGGAGCUUUAAAAGAAAAUAUCCUAAAUUACGAUUGAAUUUUCGGAUUUAAAAUUGUACAAAGAUGCACAUACCAGUCUUAAUAUUUCUACUGAGCGCUUUCAUGUUUCAAAUUGCAACCGCGACAGUACAAACAUACGAUGUUCCUAGACCUCUUGCAAAAUGCUUCGGGUACUUCAAAAGGAAAACAAAAUUAACUGAAACCCCAGCUGUUGGCAUACAGUCAUAUUGUGAAAAUAUGUACAUGUGGCAGCAUAUGAAAGACUUAAACGUUCAGCGUGGAGCAAACACCCAAACAGUAUCGUAUGUGAACUCAUUGAGCAGAAAUACGAAACAGGAGAUAGUUCAACAUAGAAUUAAACGAAAGAAGAGACAGGCCAACCCCUUGGCGCAUACAGGACCAAAACCCAAACUUCGUAUUCGUAAAGAAAUCCGAAUGAUGUCUGACAAAGAAAUAGAGUUAUUCUUUGAAGCUGUAAAUAGUGCUAAACAAAACACAACAAUUUCUCCGAAUAAAUACGAUGCCCUUGCUGAAUUCCACACGGGUAUGACCUCGGUGUCGGCACACGGUGGCUGCAACUUUCUUGGAUGGCACAGAAUGUAUUUACUCAUGUUUGAAAAUGCACUGAGAGACGAAGGGCCAAAAUUUAAAGACGUAACAGUGCCGUAUUGGGAUUCUACACUAGAUGAAAAAAUGCCCGACUCAGUACAAACAGCGUUGUUCAGCGACCGCUUGCUUGGAUCAUGCGAAGGUGAAGCCAAAGGUGGGAUUAUGAGAAACGGUUGGGAUUCAUCUACGGGCGUUAUCACACGUAAUUGUGCUAUAGACGGGCCUCUACUAAAUAAUAAGAUGAUUUAUAAUAUAACUAGGCACACAAAAAUGAGCGCCAUCUGUGGAGAAGAUUCUGAGAUCGACCAUGAUUGCGAAUACCAUCAUAACGGUGGGCACAGAUGGAUAGACGGACAGAUGGCCAUUUUGUCGUCUGCAGUGUAUGAUCCAGUGUUUUGGCUUCAUCAUUGUUUCAUCGAUUAUAUUUGGGAACUUUUCAGAGAAAAUGCGGAGAAGGCAGGAACGGAUAUUGAGAGCGAUUAUCCGGUCAAUCCAACAAUUAUGGGUGCGCAUGAACUUCACUUACCAACAGCGAAAAUGGGUUUUGCUGAUCUUGACGUUAUCGACGGUCUAAGUCGAAUGUUUACCACUGAGUGGUACAAAUACGACAAACGACCAACCUGCAACAAAGGAAAACAAGACUGUGGGUCAAAGUAUUUGAAAUGCGUGCCUGCCCUAGACGCAGUGGAUCGUGGACAGGGGAAAUAUGAAUGCAUGGCAAGGACAUUGAAAGAAGUAGAAGAGUACGAAGCAGAAAUGAACAAGCCCAAACCCAAACCUUGCAAACCAAAUAAACCCAAUAAACCUAAUAAACCAAAUAAAACAACUACGCCACUUCCACCAGUAACAAAUACCACAGUGGAAAAACAACCUUCAAGAGAAAUUAAACCUGUUCAGAACACGUUCUGCAUGAAUGGCCAAAGUGACAUUGGACAGUGGGUUUAUAUACCAGUAAAACUUAUUUUGAGAAGACCGCCAGAUUACACUAACUAUGGAUCAUACCCUGUUAGGCGCGGUAAAAUUCAGAAAGCGGAGGGAGAUAUUUACGCACCUAGGGCGUAUAGCAACGUCUACAGACAUCUUCGAAAACCGGAAGUUCCCGCUAAAUAUGACGACUGUAUAGAACCUGAUACUCCUACCAACACAAUUUACGUGAAAUCUAUGGGUUUGAACUACGAGGGUAUUUAUAAAGAAUAUGCUAUCUUAGACAAAAGAUUAGCAAUUACCGUAGCAACAGCAUAUCUUGCUGUCAGAAAACCUAUGUCCCAACACGAUGUUUCGGUUGCUAUGUUAAACGCUCAAGAUUCCUGCGGACGAGUCUGUAAACCAAUAUGUCUCGUACCAGGAACAGAAAUAUAUCGACCAUGCUCUGGUGCCGUUAAAAUUACGGGUGGCAGACCUUUACAAUUUGGAAAUUCUUUUGGGGACGCCGUUUUGAAUGUUUGGGACUUUGAUAAAGACGCCAGCUGUCCUCAGCUUACGGCGAACAGUAUUAUUGUGAGUUUCUAUUGUGACUACAGUACGGAAUGGGUCUGGCCUUCAAUUGAUCCUGAUCCUAAACCUACUCCUGGACCAGUCACACUUCAGCCGCCUGUAGAGCCGACAACCGUCACUGCUGGCUGCUCUUUGGGAUGGGAUUGUGUUGUGAACAGACCAUGUCAGGAAGUUAAGACCUGUGUCGAGGGAGAAGUGCUCGAAUGUAUCAAGUCAUGUCACAUGUAUGCCAAAUGUUUCGAUACCCGUAAAACCGGUAGGCCUACUGCCGGAAGUCGGUUCCAGUUCCAGCUGUACCAAUGCAGACGAGGAGAAAGAUUCAUAAACACCAAAACCAGACAAGGAUGCGUCAGUGCAAGGCGCAAUCCAUGUAAUUACAAGACUUCCGGUCUUAACAGGUGGCGCAACAAUCGGCAAAAUAAUAGGCGUCGAGGAAAUAUGGCUAGAGGAAAGUAAUUGAUAAUUUAUUAUCUCGUGGCGCGCAACACUUUGAAUUUAAACAGCAGUUCUUGAAUGCAGAGGGACACUAAGUUAAGGGUGAACAGUGUUAUGAAUAUUGCUCAAACCUAAAUUGAUUGGACACAAAAAUGACGUUCGUUCAUCUCCGUUUGAGGUAGACGUAUCAGUGCUACCUGACGACAUUAACGCAUCGAUGGUUCCCCGCCAAGCUUCGUAACGUCAUAUAGACUGUCACAGUAAUUGAAUUACAUUAGUUUACCGUAACAAACAAUAAACGUCAGAUAUAUAUAUAAUAUUAUUAGGUUUGUGGGGAAAAGUGCGCCCCUUUUAUUGUCUAUGAAACGACCGAAUCAAAAUUCAUUUCGAUAUGAUGUUAUUAUAGUACAUUACGUUUAAAAACCGCUAAUUUGUCCCAUUUCCUGUGACCGUUGAAAUGUUUUACGUUACGUUGACGUAAUUAACGUCGAUCCAUUACUGUCAGUUUUUUUUUCACGAUUAUAUUGUUUGUACUGCGGCAAUAAUGUAUUAUUAUCUUCACGAUGUGCAUCGUUUGUCAUAAAAGAUUUUUUAUUAAUUUUACAAUUAUGACAAAUGUUAAUUAUAUUCAUAAGCAUAUGUCUGUAAGAAUUGGUAUAGCUGUUACAAGUAACCCAUCAAACAUUAUGUUUUUAUUUUCAUUUAAGUCAGUAAACGUUCAUCUCUCAUCCGUCUAGAAAGUUUCUUUUUUAGUGUGAUAGAUAGAUUAAAAAUCCAACCCCGCCGAAUUAUAAGUGUGACAGAUAGGUAUAAAAGUUAUAAGUGUGAUAAAUAGCUUUAAAAGUUACCUUUACUUGAUUUUCAAGUUCGUUUCUUUUUUACACUAUUUCUAACAUUUAUUUUGCAUUUUUAUGUUUGAUUUUCGAAUAAAGUGAAAACAAAAAGAAAAGUGCAUUUGAUUGCAAAGGAAGUACAAAAUGUAAUUUCAUUUUGACACACUUGCCGAAAGUUUACGAAAGUGAUUUUGAUUUUUUUUUUGUGGUUUAUUGUCUUACUACUACUACAGCUAUUAUUAUUAUUAUUAUUAUUAUUAUUAUUAUUAAAUCCAGAAGCCUGUAUGGAAUAAUUUUCCGAAUGAAAAAUUGUAAUUGUUGAAAUUUUAACUAAAUUCUAACGCAGUAAGUGGGAAAAUGACAUCGAAAUCACAGUAAAAUCCACAUUCUUUUUGGUGCUAUGUUUAUUUAUUUUUAUUCCACUGGGCCAGUCAAACAGUGAAAACAAGAUUUUGUUGCGGUCGCAAUUAUAAGGCCCUACUUGUAAAAUUGUAAUUAAUCCGGGUUUUUUUCGAUAGUUUAAUGAGGUCGCAAUUUAUAAAGCCCUACUUGGAAAAUUGAAAUUAAGCCGGGUUUUUUUUCGAUAAUUUUAUGUGGUCGCAAUUUAUAAAGCCAUUACUUACAAAAUUGAAAUUAAAUCAGUUUUUGCGAUACUUUAAUGUUAUUCAUUUGUCAUUUCUUUGCAAAAAAUGAAUUUGUUUCCAUUUAAAUCUCAUUUCAAAAGAUUUAGCUUUUUGUAUUUGAAUGCCCUUUUUUUUCUCUUUUUCAUUAAAUUAUGUUGUUUUAAAAAUAAUCAUAUUUGAUUUAUCUCUUAUAGUUACACAAUGAGUAUUUGGAUGGAAGCUUUAAAAAAGUGAGAGGUUUUUUUUGUAUGAAUGUCUUUGUAUUAGGAUCUGUUGUCUGUUUUUUAAUGUUGUUGUCAUGUAUUUAUUUAUGUUACAAAUAUUUAUUUUUAUUUACCAUGUGCUAUACUUUACCGUGCAAUAAAAAUGCUAAAUAUUCA